AUGACUGGAAAGGGGGUAUGUUGGACCACUAGAAAUCUUGAUGAAGGAAAGAGAAAAAAAAUUACUGAGGAAAGAUUAGCAUCAUUGUGUAAGAAAGCAUAUGAGUCGUCUAUUCUAUGUGUUGUAAAGGUUAGUAUAAUAUCUUUUACUCCUGGAGAAACUGAUAAUUUUACUUGGCCGUCUUUAACUGAGGCUAAUGAAAUAGUAACUAAUUAUCUAGCUUGCCCAGAGAAACAAAGACAAUACAAGUUAGUUGAACAUGAAGCCUACCUUCAAUCUAUAGUGAAUGAUAGGGAAAAAGAAAUCAGGGAAUUAGAGAAAAUGGCUAAGGAGAAGGAAAUGGAGAACCUCUUCAACCAACUUGUUGAGGGAAGAAAAAAGUUUGAUGAAUUUGAUGUUUGUGACAUCAAAGGGUUGUUAAAUUUAUUUAACGAUAAGAGGGCUAAACUAGACCAAAUGGAGAUGCAACUCAGUGGAAAUGUUGCAAAUGAAAUCGGUGCUAAUGACAACAAUGCUGGAGAAGAGAAUGAUGGGCAUCCUAAUUAA